AUGGCUGCGACGCUGGCGUUCCUUGCGAUGUGGGGGGCCUUUGCCUUCGCUGCGCAGAGCGGAGAAAUGAACUUGGAGGAGUGCCCAGACGGGGUGUGCCACCUUCAGUUGCACCCCGCGAUGUUGCUGCGGCAAAAUUGGACGCAACAAUCGCGGCAAAAAGUGGAUGAUCAUUGCUCCGAGAAGACCGCCAGCGAUCAGACCAGGGUCCUUUUUGCGGACUGUAAAAACGGGGUCAUGCCCACUGUGCAUAAUAAGCCUGUGGAGAAGGCACGAAGGGACGCGCAGUUUGCACGAUGCCUCCACUACCGUAGGUGUGUCCUGAAGGAAGAUGGUGACUAUUCAGUUCAGCACAGGAUGCCGCAAGGAUUGAAACCAAAAAUGUACUGCAGCAUGGCCAGUGGAGCGCUUACAGACCCAAUUGUCAGGUUCACUGGCACAGAAGAGAUUCAGAAAGGAACAAAACGGGCCCAAGACUGGGACUGGCUGUGGUGGGCUGCGAGGAAUGGACUGGGAAAUGAUGGAUCAACGCAGGCAUGCAAGCGCAAAGGCCUCGCCCCUGGCUGUGCGUUGCUGGUCAACCCAGUCUGCGCGCGGGGACAGGACCAGCUCCACAUCCACAACAGAGUAUUGAAGGCAGGUUGGUACAUGCAUGAGACCACAAAUGGGAAGAAAGAAAGACGCGAUUGUCGUGGCGGUGAUCUGUCCCGCAAGAUGCAACAGGAAGUCUGCUCUAACCAGGAGUACAUGCAGACAUUCGUGAAGAUCGAUGUAUUCGAUCUUGUCCCAAAUUGCUACGGUGCCAAAACCAACUAUGCCAGGUACUUCAGAAAUUUCCCACAAGUCUUCACCGAGGCGGCAAAGGCUCCCGGAUGGGAGCAGCGUGGCGGUAUCACCGUUUGGCCAUGCUAUCGUGGCGCUCUUCUUUUACAAGAAGGGGAGGAGGAGCAGGAAAGGGUUUCUUUUCAGCCCAAUCAAAAACACACCGCCGCGACCAAGCAGAAGGCUUUCAACACUGGCUUCACCAACAACGGCAUCAAAGGUGGCGCCUCCCAAAAUGGGAAGCCAGCUUGCUACGAUCUGAAUGUACCAGACAAGGCCCGGACCGAAGGCUACGUCGUGAUGAUCACCUCCUGCAACAUCGAGCACCUCAUCUUCGGCCCACUCCGCUGA